CCAGGCUGAGGGGCUCUCUGCACUGCCUGCACAGGAUGGGAUCAUGAGUGAGAAGGAGGCGGAGAGCCCUCUGCAGGGAGGUCCUGAGGAAGAGGGUAGACCCAAAGGGAACAUCCCCCAGGAAGUUGGCUCAGACAGUCCUGGCGGGUCGGAGUUGCUGGGGGGAAACAACAGAGAGCAGCAGCCCCUGGGCAGAUCCCCACUCUGGGGGAGAGGGCUCCAAUUCAAAGAGAAACGCUACAACUGCACUGACUGUAACAAGAGCUUCAGCCAGAGCUCCCACCUCAUCCGGCACCAAGGCACCCACACUGGCGAGCGCCCCUACAAGUGCUCUGACUGUGGGAAGAGCUUCACCCAGAACUCCAACCUCGCCCAGCACCAGCGGGUGCACACAGGCGAGCGCCCCUACCAGUGCCUUGACUGCGACAAAAGCUUCACCCAGAGCUCCCACCUGACGGAGCACCAGCGUGUGCACCAGGGUGUCAAGCCCUACAAGUGCAUCAACUGCAACAAGAGCUUCAGCCAGAGCUCCCACCUCCUGCGGCACCAGGGCACCCACACGGGUGAGCGCCCCUACAAGUGCCCCGACUGCGGGAAGAGCUUCAGCCAGAACUCCAACCUGGUGCAGCACCAGCGCAUCCACACGGGUGAGCGCCCCUACAAGUGCGGAGAGUGCGGGAAGAGCUUCAGCUGGAGCUCCAACCUCAUCGAGCACCAGCGCGUGCACACGGGCGAGCGGCCAGACAAGUGCCCCGACUGCGGGAAGAGCUUCACCCGCAGCUCUGCGCUCAUCCAACACAGACGCAUCCACAAGGGGCUGAGGCCCUACAAGUGCACACAGUGUGGGAAGAGCUUCAACAAGAGCUCCCACCUCAUCCGGCACCAGGGCACCCAUGCCGCUGGAGAGCUGCCCUGCACGUGCACCAGUUGUGGGAAGAGCUUCACCCGGAGCAUCCAGCAGAGGCCACGGCCACACCACUGUGCUGAGUGUGAGACACGCUUCUCCCGCAUUGCUGGCAGCCAGCCGCGAGCUGAUGUGGCAGUGAAGCCCUACAAGUGCGGGGAGUGUGGUAGGAGCUUCGGGCGCAGCUCAUACCUGGUGCAGCACCAGCGUAUCCACACGGGCGACAGACCCUACAAGUGUGGGGACUGCGGGAAGGGCUUCGGGGUCAGUGCCCACCUCACCCGGCACCAGCUCAGCCAUGCAGGUGACCGGCCCUACCGAUGUUCCCAGUGUGGAAAGACCUUUGGGGAGAGCACAAAGCUGUUGAGCCACCGGCUGAGCCAUGCGGGUGAGCGCCCCUACCAGUGCCCUGACUGCAAGAAGAGCUUCUGCAAAAGCUCCCACCUGAUCAGCCACCAGCGCACCCACACUGGAGAGCGGCCCUACCGCUGCACCAUCUGUGGCAAGAGCUUCUGCCAGAGCUCCCACCUCAUCCGGCACCAGGGCACCCACACGGGGGAGCGCCCCUACAAGUGCUCCGACUGCGAGAAGAGCUUCACCCAGAGCUCCAACCUUGCCCAACACCAGCGCAUCCACACAGGGGAGCGCCCCUACCAAUGCACUGACUGCGGGAAGAGCUUCAGCUGGAGCUCCAACCUCAUAGAGCACCAGAGAACCCACCUAGCACAGAAACCCUGAACUUGGGGCUGGCCAACGUGUCUGUUUGCUGAGCAAGCUCCCAACAUUGCAGUAAACAGCAUGGGGCCAGCAGGACACUUAAUAGGGGGAGAAAUUACUGAGUGUACAAUGCUAAAGACUAGAAACCCUCCCCAGGAGUUAGACUUCUUCACACUGCCAGCGGCGGCUGCCCGCCCCAGCCUCGCCUUUUGCAAGAUCCGGGAGAUGAUCCCACUUGCCACAGGAGCUAAGGAACCUGUAAUAAGGCAAGUCUAAGGCGGUCUAACUUAUGCAUUCUUUCUACCUCAUAUGGACAGGCUGUCUACAUAGACACUGGCAGACAGAAUGCAGGCCAUUUCAGUCCCAUGGGCAGCUCCCUAGCAUUUGUUCCUUCUUUUUGUCUGUUCUGGCCAGACUCCAUCCCAGGAUUUUAAUUCCUGUUGGAUACCUAGAUUCUAUUCCCAUUUUUUAAAAUUUACUUUUAAUACUAUAUUUCCUGUUGUAUUGCAGUCUCUCCCCAUAUGAAAUAAAACCUGUCCAGCA